GGUACUCCGAUCAACAGACUCCCGAUAAUGGCGAAGUCUGUCCUGGACUUGUACGAACUGUAUAACUUGGUGAUAGCCAGAGGUGGACUAGUGGACGUUAUAAACAAGAAAUUAUGGCAAGAGAUCAUCAAAGGUCUUCAUCUACCAUCGUCUAUCACUUCGGCGGCAUUCACACUUAGGACACAAUACAUGAAAUACCUGUACCCCUACGAAUGCGAAAAACGCCGCCUAAGCACCCCAGCCGAACUGCAAGCCGCCAUCGACGGCAACCGACGCGAAGGCCGCCGCAGCAGCUACGGCCAAUACGACUCCAUGCACCACCCCCACCACCAGCAGCAGCAGCAGCAGCGCAGCCCCCACUCCCAUCCCCACCACCUGCAGAUGUCGCCGCUGUCGCUGGUGGCGCAGCAGCAGCAGCAGCUGGCCGCUCGCAUGAUGGGAGGGGGGUUGGGAGUACAGGCGUUGCAUAAUGGGGGGGCGCACCAUCCCAGUCAUCCGCAGCCGCUGGGGCAGCCGAUGAACGGGGGACCUUUGCCGGGUCUGGCGCCCAGCGAAUUCGAGGCGCGCAUGAUGGAGUACGUGAAACUGCUCAACAAGGAGAUCCGGAGCAACAGCGGCACGACCGCAGCCACGCCGCCCCGCCAGGGGGGCGACCUCUCCCCGCCGCCCCCCCACCCCUCCUCCCCCCUCGACCAGCUCGAGAUGUCGCGCAUGACCUUGUGGAACCUCUACAACAACAACCAACCGCCCUUGGAGCCGCAGAAGGAGCCCAUCAACCUCUCCGAGCCGGCCGUCAACAAUAACACGACUUUUCCGCACUCGGGCGUCAAUAACACGUUAUCGCACUCGGGCGGUAAUAAUCACUUAUCGCACUCGGGCGGUAAUAAUAAAAAUAAUAGUUUGUCGGGCGGGGGGCAGAUCAAGAGGGAGCCGGAGAGCAGAGAGUCGCCGCCUCCGCCGAAGAGGGUGUCGAAGGAGGAGGAGGAGGAUCUGGUGGAGGAGGAGGAGGAAGAGGAUGAGGAGGAUGAUGAGGAGGAGGAGGAUAGGCGGCAGAGGAGGGGGGUGAAAGCGAAGGCGCUUUCGCCGACGACGAAUAUCAAGAUUAAUACCAGAGGUGAUUCCCGCAGUGGUGACAAUUCCCUAGUGGUGAGCAUGGAACUGAACGGAAUCACCUACCAGGGUGUCCUUUUUGCCCAAAACGCGCCCUCUAGCGGACGGACGGCGUUGGCUUCUUAA